AAAUAUUUUGAAAAAUGAAAUCAGAAAAGUGAAAUCGUUGGAGAGUUAAAACGAGAAGCCGGCGCCAUCGUGAACGUUAGCAAACAUCAUUAAAUUCUGGCUAUAUGCUUCGCUUUUAUUGGCCAUUAUGAAGCAGUUGUUCAAUAUAAUACACUGUGAUCAUUUAAAUGGGCAUGUACGCUCUAUUUAUGAUAAUUUAAAUACAGAUGUUUGUGGCAUUGACCAUGUGAGACUCGUCUUGGCGUGUUUAAAAAUCAUUCAUCUACUUUGUUGCUGUAUAUUUGUUUCUAUCAAGUACAAAAAGUGCCACAAAACAUUACUAUUAUUCCACAAUGGACGAGCUGCUGUUUCGUUGAUCCUUUUGGCAGCAAAUAGUUUAGAAUUCGCCCGGACCCUGCUGCCCUAUCAUAGUGUCCCCCAGCUUAACCUACUUUUUGAUUCCAAUCCCCGUGAGCAGAACUUUUUGAUUGUAAUAGGGUCUGGAGAAAUAUGGAAUGCAAUUCUAUCAACGCUCUUGACUCUAAUGCUAAUGCUGUAUCAUCGUGUUGUGGAGCGCAAAAAGGCGACAGUGUUUUUAUAUGCAAGUACUGCCGUCGAGAUAUUGACAUUUGUUCUGCGAACCAAUGAGCUGUCUGAGUUGGUGUACUACGAGGAUUUGUGGGAGCUCCAGACGUGCCUUGUGGCCAUUUCAGCCACGUGUAUGCUCGUCUUGGCCUCCUUAGACGGUUAUACCAUCUACAAAGAGCAAUACCAUGACGACUAUAUGGACGAUUAUGAGAGAAUCGGCUAUAAGCAUUCUCUGGCCACAUUUUAUUCAAAAUCCUGCUUUUGGUGGCUAACCCCCCUACUGUGGUUGGGCUACAAAGAGCCACUGGAACUGGAGGAUUUGGGGCAAAUGAAAUUGGAGGAUAGUGCUAGGUCGCAUUACGACCACUUUUUGUAUAUCUACACGGAGAAGGCAAAAAAGUCAAACACCUCGCCGUCCUUAUGGUACUGCUAUUUAAAAAACAGUUGGCAAAUGUUUGCCUUGGGGGGCAUUUUAAAACUGGCUGGGGAUUUAUUCUCCCUGAUUGGUCCAAUUGCCAUACAGAAAAUCGUUCAAUAUAUCGAAGAGCUUUAUGCCAGGACUACGAUGCCCGAUUCGGUCAAUAAUGAGCCCGCCCAACUUACCACUACCUCCGGUGUAAGCACAGAUUUUGAUGAGGUUUUCGGCACCAAUAUUGGACAAGUGAGAAUUUACUGUAGAACUUGGUCGGAUCUGUUGGCGAAUGGCUGGUGCAUCGCUUGGCUGGUUCUGCUGACCGCAUUCACACAGGGCGCCUUGUCGCAGGCUUCGACGCACAUCCUCAAUAUGACCGGCAUCAGGAUAAAAACAUCCCUAAGGGGUCUAAUUUAUAGAAAAAGUUUGCUUUUAAAUGCGGGCGGUGGAGGCUGCGGUGCCAGCGAAUCCAACACUGAGUGUCCUUCUGGUUCUGCGGCUGAGAAACCAAAAAAUGCCGAAGCCAAGGAUAGUAUAGAGGAUUCAAAUAACCUUAAUGACAUUGGAAGCAUCACCAACCAUAUGACGGAGGAUGCACAAAACAUCAUGGAAUUUUUCUUGAUCAUCCAUUAUGCCUGGGCCAUUCCCUUCAAGAUAAUUGUAGUUAUCUACUUGUUAUAUUUGAAUUUGGGAAUCAGUGCCGUUAUUGGCUCUAUUGUUUGUAUUCUGAUCAUUACACCUCUGCAAUUUAUAAUUGGAAAUGCAAUGUCUAAAAAUGCCGAGGUUAUUGCAAAAUAUACAGAUGAGCGUUUAAAGAAAAUACACGACACCCUGGUUGGCAUCAAAGUCAUAAAACUGAAUGCCUGGGACGAGGUCUUCCUAAAAAAGAUUCAAGUGGCCCGCUCGAAAGAGCUCAAGUAUCUCAACAAAGAUGCUACAUUCUGGACCUUGAUGGCUGUUCUUACCCACAUUGCAACCGUUUUGAUUACUUUCGUAACCCUGGGCGUCUACGUGUGGUUAUCCCGAGGAGAGUCCUUCGAUUUAAACCCCAGCAGGCUCUUUUCGUCCCUGGCACUGUUCCAGCAGAUGACGGUUCCCCUGCUGAUAUUUCCCAUUACAGUGCCCAUCAUUAUAGCAGCCAGAGUGUCCACACGACGACUGGAGCGUUUCCUUCGAUCCAGCGAGAUCCAGAAGCAGUUCGAGGGGAUCCGGAAUAUGGCCAGGAUAUUGAGCAAGAGCGACGCCUCCCUGGACAUGUAUGAGACCCAGGAGAAGUCCAACCUGACAAUGCGUACGGCCCAGGCGGAGAACCGACUAAAUGAGAAGCGACUGGCCCAACAAUGGCGGAAUCCUGAGCCCCCAACGGAGGAGAAAUCCGUGCCAGCCACAUCCACCACCCCAUUGUUGCAGCAAAACGAGGAGCAGGCCGGUGCCGACCUUUCUUCAUCCUCCUCUCAAGAGUUGCGGCACAACAAACUGGUCCAGCAGCGACGGGAGCUUCUCCGAAAUACCCCGUACGUGGCAAUCCGACCAAAGAUGCGCGCUGGCGGGGGCAGUGUGGUGGAGAAGCCCGUGGAAUUCUCGGUGAUCCGGGCCAGAAACACGGACAGCUGGCGACGGGACUCUCUUCUGCUGAAAAUGCCCGAUGACAUCGCGGUCUCCAUCAACGAUGGACUCUUCACAUGGCAGCCCCAGAGCCAGAUGCCGGUGGUGCAGUUGCAUGUGGCAGGGAUUGUGGUGCCAAAGGGGAAGCUCACCAUCGUUGUGGGCAAGAACGGGAGUGGCAAGACCUCGCUAUUGUCUGCUCUUCUCAUGGAGAUGCCUCUAUUGGCAGGGAAUAUGUUUUGGCACAAAACCUGUACCAUAUCGUAUGUCUCGCAACAUCCUUGGCUUUUGAAUGACACCAUACGGGAGAAUAUACUUUUCGGCGAGUCCUUUCGGCCAAACAGGUAUAAUUUUGUGAUAGAAGCCUGUGCCCUCAAGCUGGACAUCGAACUUAUGCCGCGUGGCGACUUUACAAUAAUCGGAGAACGGGGAAUCAACAUGUCGGGGGGACAAAGGCAACGAAUCGCCAUUGCCCGGGCUUUAUACUCCUCGGCUAAUGUCGUCAUAAUGGAUGACCCUUUAGCUUCUCUGGACAAUGAGGUGGGUGAUCACAUUUUCGAGCACUGUAUACGCCAGAUGUUACAAAAGUCCAACAGGACCUUUAUCCUAGUGACUCAGCAAUUGCAUCGCAUUAAGGAGGCAGAAUAUUUAAUUGUUAUGAAAAAUGGAAAAGUGGAAGCCUGUGGUAGCUAUUCGGAUAUCGAACUGAUGCAUCCAAAGAUAACCGCCAAAUGGACUUCAAUCCUGGCAAUAGGCAAGGCCAAGAGGGAAUAUGUUACACAAAGUUCUGUUGAACGAACGGCUUGUGAGCGCUGGAAGUUGCUGAAGAAUGUCAGCAAACUGGGCUUGCAACGCUCUAUAUCGGUGACCAUGGAUCCGGGUGGAGGAUGUAAUGCAGAUACCAUUGACGGCAGUGGAUGUAUUUCUGUGGCCAAUAUGCCCCCAAAUAUUGUCCAAGAGGAGGAGGAGGAUGAUCAUAUAUCUGCUUCCUAUUCCAUUGGACCCUGUGGCAGUUUUAGUCUUCAAAGAAAAAGAUCCAGUAUUUACGGAUCUCGGCACUUGAUGUAUGAUGUUCCUCUGCCCAUCGAUGAGUGCCAGAACGAUGAUGUUAUCUUGCGACCUCGUCGGAAGCACACUCUUACCAGGAGGGGCAGCCGUACCACCAAUUCGUGGCAUCGCCUGAGCGGACUGAGUACCCUUACCGCCACUUCCGCCUCCAGUUCCAAUAGCGGAGAUGUCCUCAAUCGCAACGCCCUGGCAACUAGUUGUAGUAGCUACGCGGAAAGCAGUGCCGAUGGCAGUGACCUGGCCCCCAUAGUACCUUCAGAGCCCCGCGUCCAGUCCUGGCAGCCCCCACAGAGCGUUCAUCAUCAGCCCCUGGCCCGAAACGCCUCAUCCCCGCCCGCCAUUGAGGCACCUGUUAAAGUCAUAGAGCCCCAUGAUGGACGAGGCUCGGAGAACGCGGAAGAUCCCUUGGAUGAUCAAGAGCGAGGAGGCUUUCAGCAGUUCCUGCGAAGAAUGUCCAUGCGACGUUCCAACAAACCAAAGAACCAUCAUCAUCCUCUGAGCGCCACCAAUUCUAUAUUGAGCAUUUCUGAAGAGUCUCCUCCCAUUGUCCAUUUCGCCGCCAUUGAUCUGAGCUCUCCGCGUGGAAUUUCCCAACAAGAUGGCCAGAAAUCCAAAUGCGACUUGGCCGAAACGUCUUCCGACGAAAAGCCCAAGAAAAGUGUAAAUAUUGACUCAAAGGAAACCACAAUAAAUUGCGCUGACAAUUGUGAAUCAGGCUCGAACAAAGAAUCGGAGGCAAACGUGACAUCGUUGCCUUUACCGGAAAAUGCUGAAGGACACGUGACGCCGGCAGGUGGCAGCCAUGAGCCAGGACGACCUGCAAUUGAUACCGAACGCAAAUAUGGAAAAAUAUCGGACGACAUAUAUCUAAUGUAUAUACGAGCCGCCGGUCUACCCAUAAUCACCGUCUUUUUUAUCACGGCACUAAUUUGGCAGUGUUUGCGUGUCUACACGGACGUUUGGCUACGGCACUGGAGCGAUGUCCAUGUCGGUGGCAAAACUCCACCAGAUGGAUCGCCGGAUGGCAGGACGAUGGUGCACGAAGUCACGUACUAUUUUCGCAUGUAUGCUGCAAUUUCGUGUGUUUGCAUUAUAAUGGCCAUGGUAUCAACACCGGCAGGACAAUGGGCCGGCUGUAAUGCCCGUCGUAAUUUGCACGAUAAGCUGCUGCAAACGAUUUUGCAUAAAACGUUGCAUUUUUUCCAAGUGACACCGCUCGGACGCAUCGUGAAUCGUUUCAGCAACGAUAUGGCCGUCAUUGAUAAGAAAAUCGCCGCCACCGGCCAGCGAUUGUUGCAAUUGACUUUGCUUUGUCUAUCUGCCAUUCUGAUAAAUGUCACGAUUACUCCGUGGUUUCUGGUCCUUACACUUCCCAUCUGUGGGGCCUACUAUGUGGUGCAGAAGUUCUACAGGUGCUCCGCAAGAGAGCUCCAGCGCAUUGAAAAUGCCACCAAUUCCCCAGUCAUAUCUCAUUUGGCCGAGACCAUCCAAGGGGUAACUACUAUUCGAGCAUAUAAUCAACAGACUCGUUUCACGGAAAUUCUAUUCAAACGUCUGGAGGCAAACACAAUUGCAUUUGCUUUAUUAAAUACCAGCCAUCGAUGGUUGGGCAUAUCCCUGGACUAUUUGGGUGGCUGCAUUGUUUUUGUGGCCACUGUGACGGCCCUGGCAACGGCGAGUCUCAGUUGCAGCAACUACAGAAUGCGGCAUGACAGCGAGGCAACCGAAACUUAUGCUGUCAAUAAAAGCCCGCCAGACUCCGCCGCCACCGGCUCUGCGCCUGUCUCCUCCACGGAACUGAAUCCCACACCGUCGCUGGUGGGACUGGCCAUAAACUACACGUUGUUGGUGCCGAUUUACCUUAAUUGGGUUGUAAAACUUUUGGCUGAUAUGGAGAUGUAUGCGGGCUCCGUAGAACGCAUCGCCCACUAUGCCCUGGAUGCGGACGAGGAUAAGGAUCUGGGGACGCUCGAAGGCGAAGAAGAUGUGAGAGCUGAAGUCGAUAGGUCGUCCUUGUCCACGUCGAUGUCGACUGCCGGUGACAAAGUUUACCCAGGCGCAACGACAGCUGCCGGUGAUGUUGAUGAAGAUGGAACUGGAACUGCGGCAGGAGCCAGAGCAGGAGCAGGAGCAGGAGCUGGACCAGUGGCAGGAGGAAAUAACGGGACAGGAGGGGCUGAAGCAAAUGCUGAUAAAUUAAAUGCAGGCAAUGCAACUGGCGACAGCGACGGCAAUCACUUAAACUUCCCCUUAAACUUCCCCACGGCGACAGCUGGCGACGCCGACAAGGUGGAACAGGCGACGACAAAGACGUCGGUGAUUAAAGAUAAGCAACUGCCGCCGCAGGACAAGGACGAGAAGGUCGUCCUGCCAAAUGAGCCGGCCAGGAAGCUUGAACGCUACCAAAGUGUACCAAUUUCUUGGCCCCAGAGGGGCGACAUCAAUUUUGAUAAUGUCAGUCUGCGGUACGAAGGACAGGAGGAAAAUGUCAUCAGCAACCUAACAUUGAAAAUUCCUGCAGGCCAGCGGAUUGGGAUUUGUGGUCGAACGGGUAGCGGCAAAUCAUCCUUGGGCCUGUCCUUAUUCGGAGUCCUGCAAACGACCAGAGGCCACAUCUACAUUGAUGAUGUGGAUAUCAAACGAAUCCGACCGGACGAGCUGCGAACCAGAUUGUCGAUUAUACCGCAGGAUGUGCAUUUGUUCAAUGCAACCAUACGUGAAAAUCUAGAUCCACAUGGUUACUUCCAGGACCUGCAGUUGUGGAAUUGCCUGGAGCUGGCGCAGCUGAAGGAGUUCGUCAACGGCCACCUACCUCUCGGCCUGGAUACCGUGCUUUGUGAUGGGGGCAUUAACCUGAGCGCAGGACACAGACAACUGCUCUGCCUGGCACGUGCCAUUUUGCGCGGAUCCGCCUGUCUGGUUCUCGACGAAGCAACAAGUACCCUGGACAGCUCCACGGAAAAUGCACUCCUGAAGGCAGCCGACCAGGCCUUCCAAGGGCGCACCAUCAUAACAAUCGCCCACCGCCUGUCCACCAUUCUGGACUAUGACAGAUUGAUUGUCCUGGAUCAGGGACGGAUAAUCGAGGAUGGAAAUCCUAGGGAGCUGCAACAGUUGCCGGGAUCUGUUUUCAAUAAUUUACUGCAGAAGGGCUCGGAUAAGUGGUAGAAUUUUUUUUGUGCCUUAUACUUAUUUAUUGAAAGAAAUGUUUAAAAUAUUUUGUAGAAUUAACGAUUCAGCUGAAUUUAUUGUAAAGUAUAUAUUUUUGUAAAGUAUUUAUUCCCUUAUACUAUUUUGUACUAGUCUUAAAUGGAAUAUAUUUUUUAUUAUUUGUUUAAUGUAUGUGAUCUGAACAGCAUUUUGUACUA